AUGGCAUUUUGUCUAAUGACGUGGUGUAUUAGAAAGAGAGGUCCUUUGUAUGUCUCAGUCUUUAGCCCUUUACUGCUUAUUAUUGUGGCCAUUCUCAGUUGGAUUUUAUUCGAAGAAAGUUUAUACAUUGGAACUUUUGUAGGAUCAGUAUUGAUUGUUGUUGGACUUUAUGGUGUACUAUGGGGGAAGAAUAGAGAAAUUGAGGUCAUUGUUCAUAAUAUUGAGGAUCAAGAUGAAGAAGGAACUACAGCAAAUGGAUUUGAAAUUACAAGAAGAAAUGGAGAAAUUACAGCACCAAAUGGCAUGGAAGUUACAGAAUCAAAUGGCAUGGAAAUUACAGUUAUUUGA